UGCCUUGUUGUUGCCUUGUGAAAGAGGUACAGAAUGGCUUAUAGCGUGACUCUGAAUGGACCUGGACCAUGGGGUUUCCGACUGCAAGGGGGCAAAGACUUCAACAUGCCCUUGACCAUCUCCAGAAUCACCCCUGGCAGCAAGGCAGCACAGUCACAGAUGAACCAAGGGGACCUUGUGGUAGCCAUUGAUGGAGUCAACACUGACAGUAUGACCCACUUAGAGGCCCAGAACAAGAUCAAGUCAGCCAACCACAACUUGAGCCUCACUCUUCAGAAAUCUAAGCGUCCAAUGCCAGUUUCAACCACAGCACCCAGAAUUGACUCUCCUAGGGCUGUAAUUCCCCACCAGAAGGAUCCUGCUUGGGAAAUCAAUGGCAACAGAACAACCUUCAGUCCUCUAGCUAACACGGCGACUGGGCCUAUGGGUAGUAUUUUAGCAACCAAUGGAACAUUUUCAGGCUACCUCAACAAGCAAGAGAUCAGCUUUUCAAAUAGCUCUUCCUACUUAAAGACUACCACAGUUAGAUCUUCCAUGUCCUCUCAGUCUGUGACUCCUGACAUUUCACCUGCAAAGAGUAAUCUAGGUUCAAAACUAAGCCCUGGGUUGACUGAUGGCAAUAGUCCUUUGCAGCAGCUGAGCCCUGCAAGGCAGUAUAACAACCCUAUUGGCCUUUACUCAGCAGAGACUCUAAGGGAAAUGGCUGAGAUGCAUAAGUUAAGUCUCAAUCGAAGGGCUUCGGAAGGUGGACUUCCUAGAGG